AUGCUGGGGGCGGGAAGGGGGUCAGAGGAGGGGGUGGGCUCCGGGGGUCGCUGCCUGAGCCCCCCACAGCAGCCGCCCCGGCCUCGCUCUGCACCGUGCACCUUCCCGCCUCAGACAGCUCCGGCCCGGCCCGCCUCGGGCACCUCCGGCCCGUCCCGCCUCAGACACCUCCCACCUUCCCGCCUCGGGCACCUCCGGCCCGUCCCCCGUCCCGCCUCGGGCACCUCCGGCCCGUCCCGCCUCGGGCACCUCCGGCCCGUCCCCCGUCCCGCCUCGGGCACCUCCGGCCUUCCCGCCUCAGACACCUCCGGCCCGUCCCGCCUCGGGCACCUCCGGCCUUCCCGCCUCGGACACCUCCGGCCCGUCCCGCCUCGGGCACCUCCGGCCCUCCCGCCUCAGACAGCUCCGGCCUUCCCGCCUCGGACACCUCCGGCCCGUCCCGCCUCAGACACCUCCGGCCUUCCCGCCUCAGACACCUCCGGCCCGUCCCGCCUCGGGCACCUCCGGCCCUCCCGCCUCAGACAGCUCCGGCCUUCCUGCCUCGGACACCUCCGGCCCGUCCCGCCUCAGACACCUCCGGCCUUCCCGCCUCAGACACCUCCGGCCCGUCCCGCCUCGGGCACCUCCGGCCCUCCCGCCUCAGACAGCUCCGGCCCUCCCGCCUCGGACACCUCCGGCCCGUCCCGCCUCAGACAGCUCCGGCCCUCCCGCCUCAGGCACCUCCGGCCUUCCCGCCUCGGGCACCUCCGGCCCUCCCGCCUCAGACAGCUCCGGCCCUCCCGCCUCAGACAGCUCCGGCCCUCCCGCCUCAGACAGCUCCGGCCCGUCCCGCCUCGGGCACCUCCGGCCCUCCCGCCUCAGACAGCUCCGGCCCGUCCCGCCUCGCCUCGGGCACCUCCGGCCCGUCCCGCCUCGGGCACCUCCGGCCCGUCCCGCCUCGGGCACCUCCGGCCCGUCCCGCCUCGGACACCUCCGGCCCGUCCCGCCUCGCCUCGGGCACCUCCGGCCCGUCCCGCCUCGGACACCUCCGGCCCGUCCCGCCUCGCCUCGGGCACCUCCGGCCUUCCCGCCUCGGACACCUCCGGCCUUCCCGCCUCGGACACCUCCGGCCCGUCCCGCCUCGGGCACCUCCGGCCCUCGGGCCUCGGGCACCUCCGGCCCUCGGGCCUCGGGCACCUCCGGCCCUCCCGCCUCAGACAGCUCCGGCCCUCCCGCCUCGCCUCGGGCACCUCCGGCCCGUCCCGCCUCGGACACCUCCGGCCUUCCCGCCUCUCGCGACCCUCCCGCCUCAGGAACAUUGUGCUGGCCUCACACCUGAAGCCCCUGGAGAAAAAGGACAAGACAGGUGUGAGAGGGAAGGUGCUGUGGAAUCCCUGUGCAGCCCAGGCCAGGACACCAGCAGCCAGCGCCCUGGAACUGCCCCAGGAACUGGAUCAGCUGCCCAGAACCUCUGCUGAGUUUUACAGAGACUGGCGCAGGUGUCUGAAGAGCGGUAAACAAAAAUACCAGCUUCUGCUGGAGCUGGGAGGGAAGGGCCUGGGCAGAAUCUUCCAGGCUGAGCUGGGCUUCGGCCUCCUGGGCGAGUUCCUCACGGUGCUGGCAGAGAACAUCUGUGAGGAAGACAGAGAUGCUGUCCUCCAGAUCCUCCAGAGCCUGGCGGGCACCCCGCGCUUCGGGCUGAGCUUGGAGCUCCUGAGCCAGCAGGAGAGGGGAAGCAGCAGGGCCCUGUUUGGGAAGCUGCAGAGCACGAGCGGCGGCUCCCGGGCCGGCAGCCACCCCAGCAGCCCAGCCAGCCACGAGGCACACAGGGGAGCCCACCUCACAGACACCAGCUUGCAAAAGGAAACUGAGGAGGAAAGGGCAGUGAUGGAGCUGAUGAAACGUUACCAGGUCAGCUGAAGGGGCAGAAGCAGCAGGGCCGUGCAGAAGGGGCCCAAGGCUCCGGCAUCGCUGCGUGAAACGGAUGUGCCGAUGCUUCUGGAGCGUUGCUGAGCGUUUCCCUGAACCUGCAGCCACCCAGCACAGCAGUGCUGCACAAAUAAAGCUCAGUCACUGAGACAAGAGUGUUGUGGUCGCUGAAGCACUUCAGUGAUGAGAACAACCCAGGGAAAGGAAAGAUGGGCUGUUAUUUUUGAAAGAGAAACCAAACCACCCAUAAUCCUUGUCCCUUGUCCAUCUCUGUCCCUUGUCACUCAGCAGGGGGGUUAAGCAAUGUGAUCUCUGUGUCUCACUGUGUGAUGGGCUGAGUCUCUCAAGCUGUCAGAGGCAACUCCCUCCCUCCUUCCCACCACACUUCCCCUCCCAGCGCUGCUGCACAAACGACCCACCCACUCGUUGUCCCGGACACCAACGACAACACUCGGGAGAGCUGGGGCUGAGGAGAGCCCCCAGAGCACAGAGCUUCCAGCACAUCCUCAGCUGAACAGGGUAUUUCAGCCACCGUGGCUGGGCAGGGGGCUGUGUGCACACCCGGUUUUGGGAGGCAGCCGUGUGUGCACUGUCCUGCCCGGCACAGGCCCCGCCGCCCCG